AUGCCCAACCGAAUUUGUUUCCAGAAUGCACGAAAUGCACCCCACAUUAGUGAUGACAUGCUAGAAGAGAUUCAUAGUGUUUUAUCCAACAAAGAGUUCUCACAUGCAACAAGGCUCGCUGCAGCGAAACUUCUGGUGCAUUUUUUGGACGAGCAUCAAGGGGAAUGUGCCCGGCAUCCCACCGUCGACUGGGUAAUUCUCACAGCAAUGCUCGAAGCAGCUGAUUCGAAACGUCUAGCGCAAAUAGUGAAAACAUGGAUGGUUUGCUUUGAGAAACGAAGAGUGAGUGAUUCCGAAGACGAGGCGAUGUUCUUGGCAGCCUUAGCUCGAAUUCUGCCGAAGAAAGGCAUGUGUCUAAGAGAAAGUUUUUCUGUGGAUGAAAUGAACGCACUCCAUCGGUAUAUACUGCUUACAUUCGUACUUAUUUCUGAACUGGAACGCGGGUCAAAAAUAUUUGAGAGUGCAGUGAAUUUCGUUGUGAGGACUAUGACGGCCGAUUCUAAGCUUUUUGACUUUUGUGUUGAUGAGCUUGAUCCUCAUCUCCGCGGUAAAUAUGGUAUUCUCAGGAUUUUCCUCAGAGAAUUGAGUCCAGCUCAGCGUGAUGAAGUGAUUGAGGUCGAUGCCUUUAUGAAAACGAUCUGCGAUCAGUUGGCAAGCAAACUGGACAACCAGUUGGUCACAAAUGCAGCUGCAGACUUAGUGGCCACUUUGGUAUCCCAAUUUCCGACGUCAACUUCUCUUCAAAACCUGUUCGUCCAAAAUAUAGUCCAUCAUGUAAAGUGCAUACGUUCAACCGUAAUGAGAUGGUUCGGUCGCUUCGAUGUGACAAAGGAAAGCUGUCAGUUUCUACUCAAUCUACAGAGCUCUAUUCGGGAAUCUUUUCUCUCCAGGAAGGACGACCUGUGGCCUCCACAAAUCUGGGAAACCGAGGAUGUUUCGUGCAUUGAUCCAAGAUGGGAGUGCGAGGAAUCGGAGGAUAUCUUAUGGGAAGCUGACAGACUUUUGGACGCUUACCUGUGUGUGUCCAGCAUCCUACAACAGCGAUUCCGCCUUGAUCUCGAUAGCAAAGAUUCGCUUCUGCGCGCUUCUCUCAAAUGGCACCUUCCUGAGAUUCGUCUAAGUGCAUUUCGGUUGUGGACGGGAAGUUUAGGAAAAGAGUUGAAGAAUUCGGAAAACAAUCAGUGUUUAGAGGAGUUUAUCCUGAAUAAUGGGUCAAGCUCUAGUACGAACUUGCGCCAAGCUGUAGAGGCAGCCGUUAGUUCCUGCACAAUGACUCCAGAAAACAAAAUUAAAUGGCAAGAGGUGAUCAGUUCUGUUCGUGAGAGAGAAAAAUUGGAUGAAGAACAGCGCGGAACAAGUUAUUUGCCGGAUGAAUUGAGCGGAAUUGAAGUGCUGCCCCUUCCCUCACCUGACAAAGCCCUUGAACGGCUCGAGGAGGCUCUACGGUUAUCUGGUUCCAGUGGUCCAAAAUCGUGUCCGGCAUUUCCUGAUCUCUACGAUAACCUAUCAAAAGCUGGGUAUGAGCAGAGAGUCUUUGCAAGAUUCGUCAUUGAGCUUAUCAAUCUGAUAAAGACAAACGUUGAUGCGAAGACUGCGCUGGAUGUGAUUUCGGAAGCAGUAAUAAGAUGCAGAUUGAAGGUAUCUAUUUAG